CGAGAACGGCUAGCUAGGUUGGCUAGCUAGGUUAGCUAGCUGUCUGUGAAGGGGGAGCUUGUAGGGGAGUUAAUACAUAGCGUCGGCCUUCAUGAGCAAAUAUAUUUUCCGUAUCCGUUUGUUUUAGAAAGUGCUGUAAGUGAAAAUGGGCUCCAGCGAGAGUGCCACCAGGAAGGUGUCGUUCGGCCUCGAUGAGGAUGAGCGGGUCCAGGUUGUGAGGGGAGUGAAGCUAUCUGAGGAUGUCCUACAGCGGAUGAGGAAUGCCAGUCGAGCGCCUACAAACCACAAGGAAAACUCGGUGUCUCACACUCAGCCUUCGAAGUUUCAGCAAAGUACUGGGCCCACAGUUUCUGAGAACAUGGAGGACCUUAAAAGAAGGUAUGAACGGGAGCAGGUGGCCAUACAGGAAGAGCUGGCCCGCAUCGCACGCAAAGAGAGGGAGGCGGUGAGGCAGGACGUAAACAGAGCCAUGCAGAGAGAAAAGUUCCAGACACUGCAGGAGGCUGAAAGGGCCAGGCAGCUGCCUUCCCCGGAACUGGAUGCAUGGGCUAAACAGCUGGAAACGAAGGAGACUGAACUCAAAGCGCUGGAAGCUUUCUACAGGGAGCAAAUAGACCAGCUAGAGAAGAGGAACCUUAAUCACUUCAAAACUUGUAAGGAACAGUUCCACGCUGCAGCUGACAGGGUUGAGGCUAACAUAAAGGUGCGCGGGACGGAGCCGGUGUGUGCGGACCUGCAGUCCCGCGUCCUGCGCUGCUACAGGGAGAACCGGGAGCAGACGCUGCGCUGCUCCGACCUGGCCAGAGACUACAUGCGGUGCGUCAACGCAGCCAAGCAGUGUCCUGUCACUUUGAACAUGAUCUAGAGGCAAGAGGUCACAAAGACUGCCUGACCCAGUGGAAGGAAAGCACCUGGGAAUCAUUUGGUGAAUCAUGGAUGAGAAGGCUUCCAUGUUGACAGUGUCGCUGUCCUGCCUCUCCAGCCCCCCACUCCACCAGUGUGCGGGCACUUAGCCACCCCUUACUCACCUUCACUUCUGUUCUCUUACCAUUUAAUCUUACAUUUUAUUGUGUAUAUGCCACAUUUGAUGGGCUAUAAUGAAUGCCUUCACCUGUUCUGAGACCGACAGCAGGCUUUAAAAAUGCACUGCUUGAAUUUUGUAAAUGUAGACUCAGGACAUUCUGGACAUUUGUUUAUCAGAGUUGUAUUUACUCUGUUAUAUCUUUAAAUAUGCCCAUAUAUAGCCAUCUGCCUGAAGCUUGCUGUGAUUGAUGUCUUUUGUAAGACGUGACUGGAAUUUCAGCUGAAACUGAUGCGUAUAAUAUAUAUCUGGAGACGGAACACGAGGUUUGAGGUGUGGAGUCUUCCAUGGCCCCAAGAAACCCUGUGAUAUUCAGCUGAGACUGUUAAGCAUUCAGAUGUUUAAUAUUUUAAUAACUUCAAGUUUCUGCUGGGCCUGAGGCUACCACCACGCUGGAUUGUUCAAAGAAGAAAGUUUUUUGGUCUUGACAGAAAGCCAGCUAUUAAAAGUCAAUCCUGUACUGUAGCUUUCAGACAUUAGCAUUUAUUGCUCACAAGUGACUGAUGUCCAAACCUGUAUUAGAUCACUUGAGCUUAAGAAGGAAAUGUUUACAGAAGACACUAGAUUGGAAUAGACAUGUCUGUGUGAUUAUUUGUUUUCUAUGUACCUACAACUAAACAAUUCAAGCCAAAGCAUGCAUGGGUAGGAGAGAGAAUUCAGUACUAAGCACUAGAGCACAUUCAGUACUUUAAUUGUUCAACAUUUCUAAAUUUCUAACCUUAAUUCACACUAUGAUUAAUGCUGUAAAUUAUGUCACCAAAUUGUUAUGUUUGAGCUGUUAUUUAGAAAGCUGUAAAAUUAAGCAUUAUAAACACUACAAAAUGGUAUUGACUCCAGCAAA